UAUGCUGGGCGGAGCCGGAGAGGGGUCGGGGGCGCUUCUGCUAUUCAGCCGGUGUGUGCCGCGGCGAGAGGCUUCACAGGGAGAGUCCGUUCGACGCUCGGUCCCGAAAACGUGACCAGGACCACUGUCUCAGACCAGAGGCAGCCGCGUAGCCGAGCGGAAGCUGGUGGCACCGGAGUGCGGACCGGAGUCCGAGUUCUGCAGGCGGGAAGCACCCGGGAUAGGGGAAGCCCCAGGAGCAGCGCGGCGGCGCCUCCCUGACCCAAGGGGCCACGGCGACGGUCACGGGGCGCGGCGCCACAGCGCGCGACCCAGGCCAGGAUUCCAAACAGGCGGCCCAGGCUCCUCCUCCACCCGGGCCGCCUCACCUGCGGACAGCGCUGCGCCGCCUUCGCGGGUAUAGACGGCACCUGCGCCGCUUCGCUCACUGGUCUCCGCCCCUCGCACCUUAGCUCCAGGCCCGGGCAGCGCACCCGGACGCGCGGGGCUGCUGGAGCCCCAGCUCGGGGCGUGCGGCGUCUUUGCCACCGCCCGGGGAGGACGCAGGUGGAGCAGGCGUGACUUCGUGGAAGCCGUCGCCGGCCGCUGCAGUCCUCCUGGUCGCUGCCGGGUCCCGGGCACCGGGCAGUCUGAGCCCGCUCCCGGGGAGGAGCCACCGCCGGCUGGGCACCAUGAACAGUAGCAGCGCCCACAUCACCUACGCCAGUCGCAAGCGGCGGAAGCCGGUGCAGAAAACUGUCAAGCCGAUCCCAGCUGAAGGAAUCAAGUCAAAUCCUUCCAAGCGACAUAGAGACCGACUUAAUACAGAGUUGGACCGUUUGGCUAGUCUGCUGCCUUUUCCACAAGAUGUUAUUAAUAAGCUGGACAAACUUUCAGUUCUUAGGCUCAGUGUCAGUUACCUAAGAGCCAAGAGCUUCUUUGAUGUUGCAUUACAGUCCUCCCCAGCUGACAGAAAUGAAGUUCAGGAAAACUGUAGAACAAAAUUCAGAGAAAGCCUGCAUCUGCAAGAAGGAGAAUUCUUACUACAGGCUCUGAAUGGCUUCGUGCUGGUUGUCACCACAGACGCUUUGGUCUUCUAUGCUUCUUCUACCAUACAAGAUUACCUAGGGUUUCAGCAAUCUGAUGUCAUACAUCAGAGCGUGUAUGAACUCAUUCAUACUGAAGACCGAGGUGAAUUUCAGCGUCAGCUACACUGGACAUUAAACCCUUCACAGUGUACAGACUCUGGACAAAGAAUUGAUGAAGCUAAUGGCCUGCCACAGGCAGUAGGCUGUUAUACCCCAGACCAGCCUCCUCCAGAAAACUCUUCCCUUAUGGAAAGGAGCUUUGUGUGCCGACUCAGGUGUCUGCUGGAUAAUUCAUCUGGUUUUCUGGCAAUGAAUUUCCAAGGGAGGUUGAAGUAUCUUCAUGGACAGAACAAGAAAGGGAAAGACGGAUCAAUGCUUCCACCUCAGCUGGCUUUGUUUGCAAUAGCGACCCCACUUCAGCCACCGUCCAUCCUCGAGAUCCGGACCAAAAACUUCAUCUUUAGAACCAAACACAAACUAGACUUUACACCCACUGCUUGUGAUGCCAAAGGAAAACUUGUUUUAGGCUAUACUGAAGCGGAGUUGUGCAUGAGAGGAUCGGGAUAUCAGUUCAUUCAUGCCGCUGAUAUGCUUUACUGUGCUGAGUACCAUAUCCGGAUGAUUAAGACUGGAGAGAGUGGCAUGAUAGUAUUCAGACUUCUUACCAAAGACAACCGAUGGGCCUGGGUUCAGUCUAAUGCUCGCUUAGUGUAUAAAAAUGGAAGACCGGAUUAUAUCAUUGCAACUCAGAGGCCUCUAACAGAUGAAGAAGGAACAGAACAUUUACGAAAGCGAAAUAUGAAGUUGCCUUUUAUGUUUACUACUGGAGAAGCUGUGUUAUAUGAGAUAACCAGCCCUUUUCCUCCCGUGAUGGAUCCCUUACCAAUAAGGACUAAAAAUGGUGCAAGUGGAAGAGAUCCUGCUACCAAAUCAACUCUAAAUAAGGAUUCUCUCAAUCCCAGUUCCCUCCUGGCUGCCAUCAUGCAACAGGAUGAGUCUAUUUAUCUCUAUCCUGCCGCAAGUAGUACACCGUUUGAAAGAAAUCUUUUUAGUGAAUCUGUGAAUGAAUGCAGUAAUUGGCAAAACAAUAUCACACCAAUGGGAAGUGAUAGUAUCCUGAAACAUGAGGAAAUAGGUCAUUCUCAGGAAAUGAACCCAACACUCUCUGGAGGUCAAUCAGGGCUCUUUCCAGACAAUAGAAAUAGUGAACUCUACAGCAUUAUGAAACAGCUAGGCAUUGAUUUUGAAGAUAUCAAACACAUGCAACAGAAUGAGGAAUUUUUCAGAACGGACUUUUCGGCUGAGGAUGACUUCAGAGAUAUUGACCUAACAGACGAAAUCCUGACGUACGUCCAAGAUUCUUUAAGUAAGCCUACCUUCGGGUGCUCCGAUUACCAGCAGCAGCAGCCCGCGGCUCUGACCUCGAGCUGCAUGGUACAGGAGCACCUGCAGUUAGAGCAGCAGCAGCUCCAGCAGCAGCAGCUGUGUCAGAAAAUGAAGCAUAUGCAGGUCAAUGGCAUGUUUGCCAAUUGGAACUCUAACCCGUCUGUGCCUUUUAGUUGCCCUCAGCAAGAAAUACCACAGUAUAAUGUCUUUCCCGACUUACCUGGGACCAGUCAAGAGUUUCCCUACAAAGCUGAGAUCGAGACAGUGCCAUACACUCAGAACUUUGUUCCCUGCAAUCAGUCUGUGUUACCACAACAUUCCAAGGGGACACAGUUAGACUUUCCCGUAGGAAAUUUUGAACCAUCCCCAUACCCUGCUACGAAUAUAGAUUUUGUCACGUGUUUGCAAGUUCCUGAAAACCAAACACAUGGACUAAAUCCAGAGUCAACCAUAAUGAGUCCUCAGUCGUGUUAUGCUGGGGCUGUGUCCAUGUACCAGUGCCAGCCGGAGCCCCAGCCCAGCCACGUGGCUCCCGGGCCCUACAAUCCCACCAUGCCGGCUCCACAGGCAUUUCUAAACCAGUUUCAGAAUGGAGGAGUUUUAAAUGAAACCUAUCCAGCUGAAUUAAACAUAAAUAACACUCAGACUGCCACACAUCUUCAGCCCCUUCAUCACCCACCAGAAGCCAGACCUUUCCCAGAUUUGACAUCCAGUGGAUUCCUGUAAUUCCAAGCCCAUUUUAAGCACCUUGGUUUUUGGAUGAGUUUGCAGAAGAUUACAGAAUCAUCAAACUGUCAGUGUUGGUCAUCAGCAAGUUUACAUAGAGGCAUUAAUGUGUGGUGUUCGCGCUGUUUUUCCAAACCAAACUUCAGUGUUUUUAAGCGUUAAAAAAAUUAUCAAAAAUACAAAGUGUGCUGCCGCAGAGAGUGAGAUUCCAUCCCUAUUUCACGGGAUUCUGAGUACCGGAGAAUAUACAAGUUAUUUAGGGGAACUUUAGGACACUUCUAAAUCAAGAUUUGUGAGGAAAAAAAAUGAAAUACUUUUGAGUUUUCAACUUCUGGUUUAUCAAUACACCAAAUACAAAAUUAAACUCUUAUUUAUAGCUUAUUUAUAGCUUCGGCUUUUAUCUCAGAUAUUAAAAUAAGCGGUUUGGUGCUUUUAUAAAAGAUAAUCUCUUUCCUCCUUCAUUGUUCAUGUAAGUGCCUCACAAUUUUUUAUACCUAUAACACUGUAGGAUGUAUAUUUGAUAGAAAAUAUACCGUUUUUUAAUUAACAUUCUGCGCUCAAAUAUUAUUUGUAUUUCUUAAAUUCAGUCAUUUUUAUUAUUCCAAGCAUGUUUUAACUGCACUAACCCACUUUCUUCAGGAAAAGGGCAAAUAAUGAUUGAAAAGAUAUUUAUUAUAUAAUCUAGUUGCUUCUAGACUCUAAAUGUUGCUCUGUGCCUUAUGUUGAAAAAUUUUGAAAGUAAAAUGUGUUUCCGAAUUAUUUUUUGAAUGAUUAUCAUAUAAACAUUAAGACCGCAGCACUAAAACAUCAACAGUGUUUCAGUGACAGACAUAUACUACCAUUUACCUUUACCUUUACUAAAAUCUCCGUGAUCACUGAAUGUGGAGAAACCUGCUUGAAAGCAACCAUGUCCAUUAACUUGCAGUGAGGAGAAGUAGCUUUAUUUCUAGCUCUUUAAUUAAUCACCCACAUCAAUGUGUAUAAAUUCUUUAAAAAUUAUUUUAGAUCUAGAAUGAGCUUUAAGGUAUAGUAUGUUGACUUUAUAAAUUUCACUUCCUAGUACAGUGGAAACUAUUUUUCUCAUAUCUGAGGAGUGUUAAGAUUGAAUAUAGCAAUGUUUGAUGCAAAGUAUUGUUAUGAGUGAAAUGAAUGGUGCAUUUAUAGUUUAUAAUGAACAAAAUUAUUUGUAAAAUAUUUUCAAUCUUUCAUUUAAAAAGUCUGUACCCUAUAUAUGCACCUAAUUUGGGUCUUAACAUAUUUUAUCAGUGUGUCUUUUUAAGAAAUCAUACAAUGAAUCCAACUGCUUUUACUUUGGUAUUAAGAGAACCAUGAAGUUCUUUCUCUUCAAACAUUAUGUUGUUUAUAUGAUAUGACCUUUGUUAUCAGUAAGGCAAAUUAAUCACCCUACUAACUUUACCGUCCUCAGGUGAUUUUUAAAAAAUAGCCUUUUAUUUAAAUGUGACAUCUGAAGGGCAGACACAGAUUGCAUGUAUUAUAUGAAAACAUGAUGGAAUCUCAAACUGAGAUGUAGUAUUAAAAUAUUUUUCACUUUUUUUUCGUAAAUGUAUAUAAAAGUGGCUUCAGACAAAAUAUGUCAGUUAUAUGCAUUUUCAGUCAAAAUUUUCAAUCUGUAGAAUCAAUUUAAAUGUUGAAAAAAAUUUUAUCUAAAACAUUUCAUAAUUUGUUUUCAGCAUGAGAUAUCACUGAAGAUUUACAGCAGGGUCUGUAUUAAUAUUCCAUUUUUUACAUUUAAGCCUUUCAUUAAAAGUCUUCAUGUAACCAUUUUUGUUAGUCUUUUCCACGUUAUUGGGUGAAUUAUUUAGCAGAAAAAUAGGCUUAUUUUAAAUUGUGACUAGGAUGACAGUUAUGCACUUAUACAGUUACAAAAUUUUAAAGCAAUAUUGUAUAUUUUUAUCUAUAUAAAAUAACUAAAAUGUAUCUAAGAAUAAUAAAAUCACAUUAAACCAAAUACACAUUUGUCUAAGUGCCAAACAAAGGCUGCGCUGUGUGUACCUGCCCUAACGAGGGAUUCGUUUUUACUUGAUGCGCACUUCUGAGGAUAUGGAUGUGUCUACUUUGAAUUCUUCCUAUACCAGGUUGUUCUUACAGUAUCUGAAGAUUUACCAGUGUUCCAGUGUAUUAGGAAGCUGUCAAUCAUUACUGCACACCAACUAGUGUUUCUCAGUAUUACCAAAUUUUAGGUAGAUGUUUUCAUGGCUUUUCUCUUUUCUUCAAAAUGUUACUGCUUACCUAUACCAUGCAUACGUUUUUGUUUAAAAUAUGAUUUAUAACAUCCUUAUCAAACAAAAUUGUAUACAACAUAUGGUAAUAAAAUAAUCACUAAAUAU